UUCCAUGGUAAUUCCCCGGGCACCCGAUAGGCCAAUUGUUUUUCCCGUUCAAGUUGUUGUUCUCUGGUAAUUUUCACCAGAAGACUGCGCUUGUGGUGUGUGGUGGACCUCGAUUUUUUAACUUCAGACACCCACAGAUUAAUCAAGAUUUUCUUUAUCGAUUAUGAGAAUGAAAGCUUAAUGAUACUCGACUAUACAUCUUAUAAUAAGAUAAAAAAAUGGGAAAACAAAACAGCAAGUUAAAGCCUGAGGUCUUGGAAGACCUAAGACAAAAUACAGAGUUUUCUGAUGCGGAGAUACAAGAAUGGUAUAAAGGUUUUUUAAAGGAUUGUCCAGGUGGUCAUUUAAGCGUUGAAGAGUUUAAGAAAAUUUAUGGAAAUUUCUUUCCCUAUGGUGACGCAUCCAAAUUUGCAGAACAUGUAUUUAGAACAUUUGAUGCCAACAGUGAUGGAACAAUAGAUUUCAGGGAAUUCCUUUGUGCUCUGUCAGUCACAUCGCGUGGAAAGUUGGAACAGAAAUUGAAGUGGGCCUUCAGCAUGUAUGACCUAGAUGGCAAUGGGUUCAUUUCAAGACAAGAGAUGUUAGAAAUUGUUACAGCCAUUUAUAAGAUGGUAGGCACUGUAAUGAAGAUGCCUGAGGAUGAAUCGACGCCAGAAAAGAGGACAGAUAAGAUAUUUAGGCAGAUGGACAAAAACAAUGAUGGCCGUCUAUCAUUGGAGGAGUUUAUUGAAGGUGCCAAAAGUGAUCCAUCUAUCGUUCGACUAUUGCAGUGUAAUCAUGCCGUCCAGUAGAGCUUUACAAUGAGCAUUACACUGAAUUUGUCAGCCUUUUAACUAAAGUCACAUAAUGUUUGGACUUCUCUUUUUUUUUUUUGUCUUUAACUUUUGUUAAUUUAAAUACCUAAUGGAUUUCAUCUACCAAAAAGCUUCAAUCAAACAUCAAUACGUGUGCUCUAAUUUUUAAUGCUUAUAAAGUUUGACAAAGUAUAAUUUUAAUUUUUUUCCCCAACUUAUUAAUUUUUAAAAUCUGCAACUUGCAUACUAUUUCAAUCAGUAAUAAAUAAUUAUACAUCAUAAAUACAUGUGGUGUUAAGAAAACACGUGUUGAUGAUUUAUGAUU